AUGCCUCUGCCUAGAGCGUCGGCACCUUUGCGCGCUUCUGCCCCGCCUCGUGAAGUCGGCGCUCCCACCGUUGAGCCUCCAUCUUCUCCUGGAGUCGGAGCACUCCCCAACCCGCCUCGCGGCCUCCUCGCCCGACGACGAACAAACUCAGCCGACCACCCUGAUCGGCUCUGGGCGCCCUCGUUGCCAUCCGCCAUCGCCACACCAGCAGGCUCGCCCACGUCUACCUCGGCCGAAACACAGUACAAUGAUCGUGACCGAGACUAUGACUUGGGGAUCACACGACGAGCAGCCUCGACCGUGGCUGUACCGAGGAGCCCUCCGCGCUACAUAGAACCCAUUCGGCCCCUGCACGCGAACGGACUGGGAAGCCACAACGGAAUGCGAGAUGGACUGCAAGGCAACAACCCUCGACCUCGGUGGAUGGGCGACCCGAGCAUGGGGUUCCUUCCGUCCCCAACAAAACGCCAGACCGAGCUUCCAAUUCAUAACGUGAAUCCUUUGAAGCCGUUUCCCGAGGUUUCCAAUCUUGUCAAAGAAGAGUACAUCAAGCAGGAACACCGAAAGUCGCCAAAUCGUGACAGGCCCUUGCCCCACCAGUCGAAGGGACACAGAGACCAAGCCAGAGUCCAACCGCGUUCGGCGUUUUUCGACCAUGAUGCCGACUCUGAUGUGAGGAGCCUUCGGUCUGACAUGCCUCUCAGUGACGAGGAGCCCGGCACCCCUCGGCCUCUGCAGAGAGAGGGCCGCAGGGCCGAUGUCUUCUCGGACGACCCUCCACCGCCCUGGCCCGCCAACAGAGUCAUCACCGUCAGCGGCAGGAGUAAGAAGCGCGACCGCAACAACGUCGAUUACGAUGACAAGACUCUUAUGCGCAUGAGCUACUCGGACCUGCAGAAUCAGCCCUUUGAUGCGGACCCCGCCCAAGCCGCAAGCGGGGCUGACAAGUCCGUUGUCGGCGAGACGUUGCCCGAGAAGCUGGAGCAUUACCGGAGCAAGAGCACCACGGAGCAGAAGCAGUUCUUCGCCGAGCUGGACCUGGGCGAUUGGGAGCGAUCGGGCGACUGGUUUCUGGAGCAGUUUGCCGUGUGGCGCAGAAGCUAA